CCCCGCGGGAAGGCUUUGUAACGGGAGCUGCUCCCGCUCGUGGCGCUCUCCCUCCCCUCGUGUGCGCCGGUCAAAACACUGCGAGUUUGUGGGGUCGCGUGUGUGCGGUGGGAGGCAGAGCCUCGCGUCACAGAAUGGUCCCCGUCAGGUGUAUGUUGAGGCAAAACAGACCAACCAGAUCGCGUGGAAAUAGACGCUUAGGUAUGUUAAAUAUAUUUAUGCUCUCUGUGCAGACCACUGGACUCGUAGGAUUGGCUGUAGCUGAAAACCCUCAUGAGCGCCUGCGAAUACUGUACACAAAAAUCCUUGGUGUCCUGCAAAACAUUCCCAAAGAUGCAGCAUAUAGGAAGUACACUGAGCAGAUUGUAAAUCAGCGAUUUAAUUUGGUGCAAACGGAGACUGAUGUGCAAAAACUACAGGACAAACUGAAUAGUGGUCACAUAGAAGAAGUUAUUGUACAGGCUGAAAAUGAGCUUUCCCUGGCAAGAAAAAUGAUACAGUGGAAACCAUGGGAGCCUCUAAUUGAAGAACCUCCUUCUGACCAGUGGAGAUGGCCAAUAUAAUUUUCAAAAUGGUGUAACAUCUUGAAAGUGGGGGGAAAAAAAACCCAACAGGUUAAUUAUUAAUCUAUUGUUACUGACAGAUAUCUUUAAAUUAAAGAUAAUAACUUCAUAAAAACAUGUUUUGUCCUAAUGUUCACUUAUAUUUAGCAAUCUAAAGACUGCUCCCAGUUUGUUGCAAAGAUGGUUGUAAGAAAAUUCUUCUCACCUGUUCUACAACCUUUGGUUUAUUUCCUUUUGUAAUUUAUUAGUAACAGGGUAUUUGUGCCUCAUUCCAUGCUAUUUUUUAUAAUCUGUAUUUGUUAACAAAUACAGAUAUUAUAGGCCGUUUGAAAUCAAAAGUUGUAGAAAAGUAUGAUCCUGCCCUUUUCUCCCACCUUUGGUUGUGUAUUUUUGCCAGCCACUGCCAGUGUCUUUGUGACCAUACAGAUACUGAGAUCAGGGAUCUGAUGUAAUGAAAACUCAGCUUGCCAAAACCAACAGUUUUUUAGAUUUCAGCUGAAUCACUCACUGUCUUGAACUGGCUGACUUUGCUGCCCACAUAGAUGCUAAUUCUGACUAUGGGGAAGCCCUGGGAAUACCCAGGAUUGGAGGGGUGAGGGGGAGAAGGAAGACUACCCUUAAGGUGACAGCAGGAACAGGUUUUUUGGUUAGCAGGUAGGUUACUGUACUUAACAUAAUACACAUGGGACAAACUUUAGUAUUGGGGUCUUACAAAGGCUUUGUAUAUAGGCAUGUAUAUACUUUAUCGAUUUAUUUGUAUAUUAUUGAUUCAGACCUUGAAUAUUAAUUAGUAAUAUGAAAAAAAUAGUGGAUUUUUCUUGACACAUCUGGCUAGGUUCUUUCAAACAUUUAAAUGGAAACAGUGCCUGCCUCUUCUGAAAACUUCUGUUUACAGAUUUAAGCUUAUAAGCCCCGAUUAAAAUACCCAAACUAGAUCUAAGGAUACUGUGUGAGUGUGCCUUUACUCGCAUUUUUUUAGUACUAUUAAUAAAGUUCUCGCAAGCCUAAAGAUAAGAAUAUUGCUGUAUGACAAAAAUCUGCAGUUCGUUAAACGUUUAUGAUAGAGUGCCACUGCACUACAUUACAUACAUAACAUACUUUGUCAUGGCUGUUUUUUCAUAGUCAUUAGGCCUAUAAGUUUUACCUGUGACAUCAUUAUUAUUACUAUAAAUGAUUAAUUACAUCUUUUAUAUAAUAUUUCAUAUAAUCAAGGUAUUAAGGGAGUAGGACAGUAGAAGAGAAAAUAAGUAUACCUAGGGUAUUGACUCUAGUAACUAUGUUCACUGCAUUCUUUAGCAUUGUUUUUUUAACUAUUAUUACUAUAAUUACAGAAAUUUUUAGAUUUUGAAGCAGUGGAAAAUAUUUUGCUUCAUUGGUUUGUUUUGAAGGCUUUUUCAGUCUUCAGAAGGGUAGAAGCUGGUCUCUUCUGAGAUAAAACCACUAGAUGGCAUUCCAGAAGAGGACUCUGCUGAAGUUAAAGAACAGUUUUCACAUGAGAAAUAAGAAAGGAUUACAAACUUGAAUGAAGGUGAACAAUGUCAGAUGAGAAAUUAAGAUGAAUGGUCUUGGGUAAUAAGUAUUUAGCUGAUG